GCGAGCAGAGGAACAUGGCCGUCGUUAGACAAGUAGACAACCGCAUGCACGAGUAGGUUAAGUCAACGCCAGCCCAUAAUGCGUCCUCCAUUAUUGCAGAAUAACCUUAUCUUGCAGGGGUCGGGGUGUUGGUACCACUGUGCCCUGCAGCAGCAGCAGCAUCCUGCAGAAUGACUGAUCGUUAUGCAGGAGUAAAGAUCCGAGUGGAGGACAUGAAAUCCUUAGGAGAGGAUGCAGAGAAGGAGGAGGGUGUGGACAUUGAGGAGCAGCUGCCAGUGGGUCCUCCUCCCACUUCAGUCUCCCCAGACCCCUCCAGCACCAUCACCAUCACCAGAGCCGGCAGAGAUGCCUCCAACACCUCCAUCAUCAGUAAACAAAGGGUUAAAAGUCGAAGUAAGGAUGCCAAGAACUCCUGUGGCAAACACACCUCAGAUGUGUCACUGCAUGGGUGUGUAGUUGCUGCUCAUGUUGGGAAGAACUUGAAUAGACCAGGGCAUGAGAGGACACUGCACAUCAAAGGGACUGGGAAGAUACUGCAGGGGAGCAAGCUGGAGACCAAUGGGAACUACGCAAACAUCCAUCCAUCCAAGAACAACCAAGAACCACGCAGGGAGGACGGAUUUAAACUGGCAAGGAAGAGAAGACCUGUGACGGUGGACACCUCGAAAGCCAAAACUUCAUUGGAGGCGCUGAAGAUAAGCAUCAAGCAGCUGAAGUGGAAAGAGUUUCCUCUGGGGAGACGGGCACCCUGUGAUAUCUACUGGCAUGGCGUCUCCUUCCACGACAAUGAAAAUAUCGUCUCAGGGCAGGUGAACAAGUUCCCAGGAAUGAUUGAAAUGCUGAGGAAGAUCAACCUGAGUCGGGCAGUGAGGACUAUGCAGGAGUUGUUCCCAGAAGAGUACGACUUCUACCCCCGGUCCUGGAUCCUGCCUGAGGAGUGCCAGCAGUUUUCCACACAGAUUCGCAUGGUGAAGGAGAACGAUGCAACAGUGAAUCCCACCUUCAUCGUCAAGCCGGAUGGGGGCUCUCAAGGGGACGGCAUCUACCUCAUUCGUGACCCUAGUGACCUUAAGCUCAUGGUGGGUUCACAGGCCAAGCAGUUUGUCGUCCAGGAGUAUAUCCAGAGGCCGUUACUCAUUGACAAGCUCAAGUUUGAUAUCCGCCUCUAUGUGCUGUUGAAGUCCCUGGAGCCAUUGGAGAUCUACAUUGCCAAGGAAGGCCUGACACGUUUUUGCACCGAGCCCUACCAGGAACCAAGCCAGAAGAAUCUUAGCCACGUCUUCAUGCACCUGACAAACUACUCCCUCAACGUCCACAGUGGCAACUUUGUCCACUCGGACAGCCAGAGCACAGGCAGCAAGCGCACUCUCUCCAGCGUGCUGUACAGGCUGGCGGCUAAAGGCGUAGACAUCAAGAAGGUGUGGUCGGACAUCAUCGCGCUUGUGAUCAAGACUGCUAUCGCCGUGGUGCCUGAACUCAGAGUCUUCUAUCAGGCUGAUAUACCACCUGGAAAACCGGGACCCACUUGCUUCCAGAUAUUAGGUUUUGAUAUCUUGCUGAUGAAAAACCUGAAGCCAGUAUUACUAGAGGUCAACUCCAACCCCAGUAUGAGAAUAGAACAUGAGCAAGAGGUUUCACCAGGAGUUUUUGAAUAUGUUCCUAGUCCUGUCGACGAAGAGGUCAAAGUGGGUGUGAUCAGGGACACUCUGCGCCUUAUGGACCCUGGCCGCAAGAAACCUUCAAUUUCCCAACUGAGGGCUGGUGGGCUCGAACACGGAGAGGAGAUUCCCAUGGAGGCGGAGACACAGGAUAGAAGCUCCGACGAAGGAGCUCUGCCCUCGCUGUGUCUGAAGCAGGUCUACCCCAAGUACACCAAACAGUUCAACUACCUGCGACUGGUGGAGCGAAUCACAGCUCUGUUCAUACGCUUCCUCGGGGUCAAGGGCAACAUGCGUCUGGGCCCCACUGCCUUCAGAACAUUCAUCAGGACCUGUAAGCUGAGCAACAGUAACUUCUCCAUGGCUUCAGUGGACAUCCUCUACAUAGACAUCACACGGCGUUGGUCAGGAACAAUGCCCGAUUCUAGAGAAGCAGGUAUGGGACUGCAAGCAUUCGUGGAAGCCUUUUUCCAUCUGGCAGGUCGCAGGUUCAAAUCCCUGCCGCUGAGGGAGCAGGUAGUGUCCCAGCUGGAGCUGUGCGAGGCUCAGCUCGAGUCCCAGACUGGGGUGGAGGAGAGGCGCUCCGUGAGCUGCAGCAGGGCGAUGCCGCGGGCCGCCAAGACUCAGACGCUGGGCCUCACCAACCCUCAGCUCAACUCUCCGGCUCCCCUGCGAAGGGCGUCCAGCCAGGACUACCGGCUGCAUCAAAGACUCAAGCCUCGCACGCUCAGGGCCAACGUGGAGAACUGACGAGGAAGGGCUCCAACUAGGCAUCCAACACCCAAACACUGCCUUUAGCC